AUUUAGGCGUAGUUUCAUGUUGUUAGUCUAGCUCUCUCUCUCUAUAUAUAAAAUCUAUGAUGCUGAUCAACUUUCUUGUCCCACAAUGCAAUGCGUUGCCCCCAUACCUCCUGUCCUACGUAAUAAAAGCGGCUGUAGUUUGUUUUUUUUGCGGGAGUUAUUAGCGUACCGCCAUGCGAGUUUUAUCGGCAAGCUGUUUCGUGGUGUAGUUUUGUAAAAUUUCAAAUGGAUUCUUUGCAGAGACAUCGCUCGCUUUAUAAAGCAACAACCCCGCCAUGGAAGGAAGUAUUUCGCAAGCGCUGUGUAGAUAGGUUGGAUGGGAGCCGGGCGAGGUUGCUUGACAGAUAUCGAAAGACGGGUGACGGUGAUCCCACAGCCUCCUACAUUGCCCAGGAGGUCAAGGAGAAAGAGUGGACUGUUCCACAGCCAGAGAAUCGGAGAUGGUCAUCCCUUUGGGGCUCAGAAGAUGGCAUUGCAGAGUUGCACACGGUUAUGAAGGAAUACGAUGAACAGGCAGUUUUUGAAGAAAUCCAGCAGGAGCUCCAAUCUGACGAGGUGUCUAUCAUUGAAGAGUAUGAGAGGAACCAACAAAUUGAGCAGCAAUACUUAUCGUGUGUUAUGGAAGGGUUGGAAGAAGCAGCCCAGGUGAUUUGUCCAAUGUGUCACAUGAAUUACUUGAACAUCAACGGUCAUGUCAUCUCCUGCUCAUGUGGCCUCUACAUAAAUACAGAGAUGAAGAACAUCACCCCAGAUGUCCUACGGCAUCUUCUGGAAUCCAGAAUUUUGGAGCACAUGGAAGGAUGCUCCUUUAAUCCUGUUUUUUCAUUGGCUCCCAAUGUCGAGUCCUCUCCCAACCUGCUGAUAAGCUGCAAGACAUGUGACUUCCUCUCCAUCGUCCUGUGAUUUUGGAAGACUCAUUGUUGUUCAUGCUAAUGUAAAUCUUUGUUUAAGUAAAGUCUACUGUUUGAUUUAGACUCUGAAAUGACUAUCAUGCAUGCAGGGGUCCUCAGUUUCGAUAGUCGACUACCUGAUUGUAACCAAUGGCUCCCUUUGCAUUGGUGUUUAUUUUUUAUUUUAUUUUUUUUAAACCACUUUGCCAAUGCAGUUUUAUGUUUGCUCUGUUUUCAGACAUGUGUCUUCCUCCCCAUCGUUCUGUGAUUUUGGAAGACUUUUUGUUUAUGCUCAAGUAAAUCUGUUUAAAUAAAGGCUACUGUUUGAUUUAGACUUUGAAAUUAUCAUGCAUGCAGGCAGGGGCGCCGUAUAGGGGGGAAAAGUGGUACUGAUUCUAAGGGCCCAUGGCCUGAGGGGGCCCACAAAGAAAAUUACAGCAUUAGGUAAUCGUUUGCAAAUUUAAAUAUUAAUCAUUAUAAUUUUAAAAGGUAUAAAACGAAGGGUUUCUUUUUCUUGUUUUAUUUUUGGCAAAAAGUAAACAUCCAGAGAGCAUAUGUAUUGCCAGCAACCCCUCCCCCCGCGUAUUUUCAUUAAUUGGUUUCGUCCGUCCUUCCUUUGAUCAGACCGCGCGCAGGCUGAGCAGCGGUGCACAUUUAACCCUGAGUACUAUGCGUGCGGUAGGCUACAUCAAAAAUGUUUUCAAAACAGAUAUCAGGCUAUCAAAAGAGGAAAGAAAAUAAAGCAAAGCAGGAGAGGGGUAGAAAAGGCCAACAGGAUGUGAAAAAGUACUUCACAAAGGAAGGUUAGUGUAAAUUGUGUCUGUGUAGUGCUGAAAAUUAACCUGUUAUUUUAGCUCACACGACGUCUAUUAGAAAGCUCAGAAGCAGGUCCCAGCUCACUCCGUAAGAAAUACGGGAUUUUCCUGACCUCAGUGAGCGACAUUGACCAAUUCAAGAACAUGAAUUCCAAAUAAUGACGGCAUUUUUUGGUAUCAUACAGAUGUUGAAAGUUGGUGUGGAUUUUUUUUUAAAUCUGGUUGAAUCCAGUUUGUCAAGAAUUUAUUGAAUUUAGUUUGUCAUCAAUUAAAUUUAGUUAGUUAACAAGGAAGGGACCUGGCUUCGGAGCUGUAGCCUAUAGUGGAGAUUGUAAGUUUUCAAAUGGGGCUAAGCCUACUCCAUAAUGAAAUACUGUAAUUGUUUGCUAGCUAGUGUUUGCUCCACUUUUAGCUUACAUUUAAUUAGUACAGCAGGUUAACCCUUUCGCAAGCUCUCCACACCAAAACAGUUGUCUCUGCCCUCGCCUGUUGUAAUAGGCACAAGCACAACUCCUCUUGCUGCGUCUGGCUCAGCAGCCCUGUCUCCUGACACCCUUUAUGAGCCAGCCUCAUCUUUACUCCCAACUGAAGGAGGUGAGGAAUCAACUUGAACACUGCCACACCACACAUAAAAUAUCAGUGGCUAAGAGACAAAUAGUAAUAAGUAAUAAUAAUUAAUAAUAAUUAUUAUUAUUAUUAAUUAAUGAUACAUAAUUAAUAAUUAAAUUAAGAUACUAGAAUAAUAUAGAAAAUAUUAUUAUAUUUGUCAUUUUAUGUACACUACAGAGCCAGGACCAUCUUCAGUAAGACACCUGAACUCUGUGUAUACUGCUACAUUCCCCCCUAACUUGUCCUCUCUUGGUCUCCUGAAUGCAAUUUUUAAGAUGCAGCUGCAAAGCAUUCUUGGAGAAGUGUGCAUCGCUUUACGAAUAUUUUGCACACUCCCCGUAACGGUUGCAGGCGGCGAGAGAGCUUUUAGUAAGCUAAAACUCAUAAAAAAUUAUAUGAGGUCCACUAUGUGUCAGGACAGGCUUUCUAGUCUUGCCAUGUUGUCCAUUGAAAGUCAGUUGGCUAGGAAGCUAGACUUUAAUGAUUUGAUCACUGACUUUGCUAUCAAGAAGGCUCGGCGCUGGGCUCUUGGUGACUAAGGCUGAGCAACCUGCAAUCUACUCGCUUUGUUUGUAAUUGUGAGUGUGAUUGCUUGUGUGUGUGUGUGUGUGUGUGUGUGUGUGUGUGUGUGUGUAUGUGUGGUGUUCGCUUUGUUUGUAAUAUCAUUCUAAAGAUUGUUUUUUUGAUUGGCGUUAAUGUAUGCUGUAGUAUUGUUAGAAUAAAAGUUUUGUUUUAACUUAAGUCAUUCAUUGUGGUAUUUGAGAAUAUUUCUAAUAAAAAUAUAUUUAGAUUGUAAAAGAUGGGCUUCAGUACAUUUCUUAAAGAUGAUAUCAGUCUAUUCAUUAUUGCUCUAUACGCUGUAUGUUUACAUAAAUAUAUUUUCAUCUUAAAUUAAUGCAGAAAAUGCACAAAUUAGUGUGUAAAGAUUCACCAGAAUGCAGGAAAUUACGUAGCUGAUACUCUAAAUGUGUGUGUGUGUCCCGGCACUGGUGGUGGGGCCCAAAGUGAUAUCUUUUCAUGGGGCCCAAAAUCCCUGGCAGCGUCGUCAGUUUCGCUAGUCGACUACCUGCUUGUAACCAAUGGCUCCCUGUGUAGUGUUUUUUUUUUUUUUUUUUUUUUUUUUAAAUCUAUUUAUUUAAACCACUUUACCAAUGUACUUUUAUGUUAGCUCUGUUUUCAGACAUGUGUCUUCUCCAUCGUUCUGUGAUUUUGGAAGACUUCUUUUUGUUUAUGCUCAUGUAUGUUUAAAUAAAGGCUACGCUUCGAUUUAGACUUUUAAAUGAGUAUCUACAGCAGAUGUCCAUUUAACUUGAGAAGGUGGUACAGAAUGACUCUUUCAUUCAUUCUCCGCCUGCCCUCCCACUUCAAAUUGGAUUGGACGUCUAUUACGACAUGUCCAUCGCAGCCAAUGAGUUGAUAUUGUGGCCUGUAUUAAUUAGAACUCUUUAAAUGAGUUUAUCACUAGUAUACAUCCAAUCCAUUUGAAGUGGGAGGGUAGUAGCGAAUGAACAUUUGGUCUUUUGUGACAGUGGUCACACUUUGUCAAAGGCAAUCAUUGAGUUAAGAAGUCAUGUCUUCUUCAUCCGUCCAUUCGUUCUUAAUAAAUUGAAUUACUGCAUCGGCAUAUUUACAGGUCUUAAUAAAACUCAAUCGGGAAGCUGUAGCUAAUCUAGAAUCAUUUCUACAAUUGCUGCCACCCAUAAAAUGGAUUGGACGAGGGCUGCAGCCAUCGAUUAUUUUAGUAAUCGAUUAAUCUAUCAAGUAAAUUCGAAUGAUCGGGUAAUCCGAUUAGGAACAUUUAAUGCAUUGUAGAAUAAAUUUUAGGAGAUGUAAAAUAAAGGCUUGCUAAGAUUGCGCUUUCAAAAGAACAUUAAAUGUGACUACAAAAUAAAAUUGUUUCUUCAUACUAUGCAGAAUUGCACUGUCAUGUAAAAAUAAAAUGCCUGCGUUAGUGUCAAAUGGUAUUAAAUGAUCCAAGUCCUGUAUAACGAAACAAUUGGCUAACUUGCAUAGCAGAUGUCCGCUAGUUUAAAUAUUUUAAAAUGCUUUUUUAUUUCCAAUGCUCUUAACAAAUCGUUCAAACACAUAUUCCCACAAAAAACAGCUAAAUAUACGCAUAAACUUAACUUUGUUCACUGCUGGCCAAAAGUAUUUGCACCCCUGCAAUUCUGUCAGAUAAUGCUCAAUAUCUCCCAGAAAAUGAUUGCAAUUACAAAUGCUUUGGUAGUAAUAUCUAAAUUUAUUUUGCUUGGAAUGAAAAAACACAAAAGAGAAUUAACAUUUUUUAAAUCAUGAUCAUUUUACACAAAACUCCUUUCGAAAAAUUAUAUGCUUCUCUAAUUUGUGUAAUAAACAGCACUUGUUACUUACCUGUUGCACAUAACGUGGUGGCAAUGACUAAAUCACACUUGUAGCCAGUUAAAAUGGAUUAAAAUUGACUCAACUUCCGUGCUGUGUCCUUGUGUGUACCACAUUGAGCACAGAGAAAAGAAAGAAGACCAAAGAACGGGUCUUGAGAAGCAAAAUUGUGAGGAAGCAGUCCAUUUUCAAAGACCUGAAUGUUCCUGUGUCUACCGUGCGCAGUGUCAUCAAUAAGUGUAAAGCCCAUGGCACUGUGGCUAACCACCCUAGAUGUGGACGGAAAAGAAAAAUUGACGUGAGAUUUUAACGAAAGCUGUGCUGAUGGUGGAUAAAGAACCUCGACUAACAUCCAAACAAGUUCAAGCUGUCCUGCAGUCCAAGGGGACAUUAGUGUCAACCCAUACUAUCCGUCAGCGUCUGAAUGAUGAGGGACUCUAUGGUAGGAUACCCAGAAAGACCCCACUUCUGGGUUCCCAGGGUUCAUAAAAGUACUGUCGGAGCUAGAGCCUUUAGCCACCAAGCCCCUGUUUUAUGGAAUCAGCUUCCAGCUAGUAUUAAAGAAGCCGAGACAGUCUGCACAUUUAAGAUUAGAUUAAAAACGUUCCUAUUCGACAAAGCUUAUGGUUAGGCUAGUUGAAGUCGGAGUAGACUCACAGUUUAGUCUAAGCUGCACUAGAAGCUAUAAUGCUGGGGGCAGUACAGCCGCUGAGUUCUAUCUCCUUUUCUUACUCUACCUACCACUUGUCUUACUUUAUUUCUAUUUUCCAAUGUUAAUAUCUAGUUGUCUAGUCUCUUCAUCACUAGUCACCCGGUGUCCCCUUUCCCCCCUCCCCUCUGGGGAGGGGCUAUUUUUCAGCUGCAGCCUCCUGACUGCCCGGACCCCUGGCUGGAUAGACGUCCUCGCUGCUACCCCCGUCUCAUCUGACUAGAGGGACUUCUUCUUGCACCUUCACUCCACUGUAUUUUUACGGACUAUAAUUUCGCUUGCUAAUUCCCAUUAGCCGUUCUGGGGUUCCUGUCUAUCCGUCCUGGGAGUGGAUCUCUCCUGACUGUGGUACUCCCCAAGGUUUCUCAUUUUUCUCCCAAUUGACUCUGGAGUUUUUGGAGUUUUUCCUUGCCGGCAUGGAGGGUCUUAAGGAUAGGGGAUACCCAGGACUUGAACUGCAUCUAUUCAUCUUUGUUGCUUCAUUUCUAAUUGUGUAUCAUAUUGCCUCUGUAAAGCCAUUUGAGACUUCUGUUGUGAUUGAGGGCUAUACAAAUAAAAUUGAAUUGAAUUAAAUUGAA